AUGGCAGCUUCGAGCGGCUGGAGGACUAUAGGAACCUGCCGCACGCGAGUCCACGCGGCGCCUCGCCACGCCCUGUGGCCACACCGCCCUCCCAGUGCCGUGCCUCUCGCGUGCUGCGCUCGGACCCGGCUCCUCGCUGCACAGCAGCGGGAGGGGGAGGGGGGGGAGGGGGAGGAGGAGGAGGAGGAGGAGGAGGAUAAAGGGGGGGGCCAGCGCCGACGCAGGCAGACCGCACGGACCUCCGCAGGCUCGCGCUCGCGCGGGCGCUCCGCCUUCCGGGAGGCACAUGGCGCAGGCAUCCCCGCCCUUCCGGGGCGCCUCGGGCCGGCCGUACGUGGUGACCGGCAGCUGGCGCAGGAUCGCUCCGCCCUGCGCCUCUGCGGAGACAGCAAGCGACCACAACACCCAACGAGGACAUAA